AGAUAUGGAGCGUGGUACUCAGAUGCUCAACAUUCUUGAUGAUCUUUUUGAAGGAAAUGAGUCACUGGUCUUGAACUGGUGUGAUUUCGAUUAUGAUGUGGAUAGUAACGAUUCAGUAACAUGCAAGUGCUGUGGGAAUGUCAACUCAAAUUCAGUGACUGACGUUGGGAUUCUACAUGAUGAUUCCAUGUGUAGUGCAUCGGAACGGUUCAUGGAAACU